AUGCGUCUCGGAGAGAAGGACCCUGUUACUGUCAACGGUAGCAUCGGCCAGAGCUCGACCUCCCUACGAGACUUACCAAGUAUACCGCAGAACCCGACCAACAUGACAACAUCCGACUUCCUCCUCCCCCUACGAGAGUUUCUCUCAACGCCCUUUACAGCCGCUUUCUGCGCCGGUGGUGUGGCGGGCGCUGUCUCUCGCACUGUCGUCUCCCCUUUAGAACGCUUGAAGAUUCUGUACCAGAUACAAAGCGCCGGUCGCAACGAAUACAAGAUGUCCAUUGUCAAGGCUCUCAAGAAGAUGUAUGCCGACGAGGGCUGGAGGGGCUUCAUGAGAGGAAACGGCACGAAUUGCAUACGCAUCAUACCCUACUCGGCCGUACAGUUCGGGAGCUACAACAUCUACAAGCGCUUCGCUGAACCUUCACCUGGCGCUGAUCUCGACCCUAUUCGCCGACUGAUCUGUGGUGGUCUCGCCGGUAUCACCUCUGUCACAUUUACCUACCCUUUGGAUAUUGUUCGUACGCGCUUGUCCAUCCAGUCAGCUUCGUUUGCCGCGCUUGGAAAGCACGAAGGUAAGUUGCCAGGGAUGUGGCAGGUCACGGUCAUGAUGUACAAAAACGAGGGUGGUGUGCUGGGUCUUUACAGGGGCAUCAUCCCUACAGUUGCCGGCGUUGCCCCCUAUGUCGGCCUCAACUUCAUGGUCUAUGAAUCAGUCAGGAAAUACUUUACCGAACCGGGCGAGAAGAACCCUGUCUGGUAUCGAAAACUUGCUGCAGGCGCCAUUUCGGGAGCCGUCGCGCAGACCUGCACAUAUCCAUUUGAUGUCCUCCGGCGGCGGUUCCAAAUCAACUCCAUGAACGGAAUGGGAUACCAAUACAAAUCGAUAUGGGAUGCCAUCAGAACUAUUGUUACACAAGAGGGUGUCCUUGGACUUUACAAAGGGAUCAUACCAAACUUGCUCAAGGUCGCCCCGAGCAUGGCUAGCAGCUGGCUCAGCUUUGAAGUCACAAGGGAUUUCUUGGUUAGUCUAGCUCCAGAAAAGGAGAACGGAGACCCUAUCUGA